UCUCUCCUCUCUCUCUCUCUCUCUCACACACACACACACACACAGUGUGUUCACCGCAACAUGGAUUUCCAGCAGUUUGUCGACAUUGCAGACAAAUGGUGCUAUAACACCCCGUUCGAGCUCAUCGCCACCGAGGAGGCCGAGAGCCGCCUCGAUUUCUACGCCGAUCCUGGGGUUUCGUUCUACGUCUUGUGCCCCGACAGCGACUUCAGAGAUAAUUUCCAUGUUUGGAGCGAAAGUGAGGAUUGCCUACCUUUCCUACAGUUGGUCCAGGAAUAUAUCUUAUCUUGUGGGAAGAAGACACUCUCUGAAAUCCUGGAAAAGGUUUUCAAAUCAUUCAAACCUUUAUUGGGGCUUCCUGAUGUAGAUGAUGAUGCAUUUGAAGACUAUAAUGCGGAUGUUGAAGAGGAGGAACCUGAAGCAGACAACCAACCAAUGAGCGUCAGUCAACAGUAAAUGUGUGAAGAGGGAACAGUCAGCCUGUGUGCAGUUUAACCUUUUUAUUCAUUCAUAAGCUAUAUUAUUUUUUUCUCCCCUCCCACUAUAUACACAUACCCAUAUUAUAUUAUAUUAAAUAACUCGCACACACAAACCUGAAUAGCCUUUAUUAACAUCAGGUUAAAUAUCGAUGCUAAAUCGUAUCUAGUCUGGCCUUUGCAGUCAUUCCUGUUCACAAUUUUGGCAUAACUACAAACUGUUUUGCAUAGAUUAAAGUACUAAACAGCAGAAAGACAAUGAUUUGAACUCUGAACUGACUAGUAUUGAUAUUUCAGGUUGCUUAAUUUCAGGUUUGGGUAUAAUCAUUUAGGCAGGCUUUUUAAAAAGAAACAAAAUCUGAUUAGUUUUUAAUUCAUGUCUCAGUUAAUAUGAUUUUAAGUUUUAUAACCAGGCAAUACACAAUUCUAUAACGAAAAUGGUCCCAAAUUACUGGAAAAUUCCUGAGAAAAUUUUAAGAAUAAUAUAUUGAUGUUCAUACUUUUUAAAAUCUAUAUAUUUUAAAGGAACAUUAAGCAUGUGUCUUGUGAAGCAAUAUUCUUUAAGCAUUGUCUGUAGGUAUUCCGCUUUAGUCGCCCAACACUGAAAUUGGUCUUAAGCAGCUAGUCAUGAUCAGUCCAGAUAGUAAUUGUUUAUUACAAGUUUCACUUUAGCUGAUUUUACAGUGAUUAAAUGCCAGGAUUAUUAUUAUUAGUGCAUUUCAAAAAACAUUGAAGAUAUUAUUUAAAUAAACACUGACAUAAAUCUAAUGUGUGCUUACAGUAACUUGUUGCACUGUAAAAUAAAAGUGGUGUUCUGUAGAAGCUUAAGGGCAUUAAAUACUCCUGCAAUUUGCUAUUGCUCUAAGUACUGCAGGAACUGUGUAAUGCAUUAAUUAUUGCUUGGCUUUCAAUGCACUGCAGCCUAUUUGGUACUUUACCGAUUUUUUUCCUAUGCAUCUUAGACAAGACAUUUACAGUUAUAACAUUCCCAGUUGUAGAUCAAACAGCAGCACAUAUUGUUUAGCUCUUUGUGUUAAUGUUUGAUAACAGAAGGAACUGUAAACUUGUAUUUAAUGGAAACUUUAGCAAUGUUUUAAAAAAAAUGAUACAUUGCUCAUUGAAGAAUUAAUCAUUACCUUGGUAUGUUUUAAGUGGUAAAUUGUACUGUAUUUUUGUAUACUGUAAAACAGGAUGUCUUGAGUAUAGUUGGUAAAAUUCCUGAGGUCGGACUAAAUGAUACGAGACCAUGUUUGGAAUGUUAAAGGUUUACAGCCACGAGGAAGAAUCCCUUAGCACACACUUGAAGGGAAUGUACCUUAUUGGUUUAGGUAAGUAAUGUGACAGGCACAGCUGUAAAAACUUUGAAGUGCUUCAGUAUAAAAAUUCUGUUCUAUAGUAUAUGCACAGUACAGAUAUUCAAAAGGGAAAUCUUGGACUUUGCGUUGUGUGAUGAGUACCAAGUGUUCAAUAUGUUCAAUGACGUUUGUUGAGCAUCCUCUGUAACAGUGUCUUAUCAUUUGAGAGAAAAAUGAAAUUCACCAUAACAGCUGUUGGAUUAUUCUCUUUUAAAUGCAUGGUUUGGUGAUGCAGGAGGUGCUAUUUUAAUUUUUGGUAUUUUUUCCAAGUGGAUGUGUCUUGGUCUGUUACAAAACUGCAGCACUUCAUUUAUAGAUACCUCAAUUCUUUUGUUGACCUAACGCUGUGUGGAUUUGAAAAUGGCUUAAAAACAAACGACACACGUUUCUGCUAUACAAAUUAGCCUCACUGUACAGUGGUUAACAUAUACUUAGUUUAAGAUAAUGGCAUGACCAAAAUAAACUAUUGGUUAUCCAUUGGAUUUUUUUUUAAAAAAGCAUUAUUGUUAAAGGAUUUGGACUGAAUUUUUCUCAAACAAGGAAACCUGUUGUUUUGUUUUUAAUGGUUGUGAAAGAUGACGUGGAUAGGUUAACAAAAGAAUGCUAUCCUUUAACAUAAUUUUCAACACUAAAUAACAUGCUGAAAAUAAAUUAUUCGAACAUUG